GUCCAGACAGCAUUGCUUGUCGUCACGACGGUAGUACCUCUCCAAAGUUUAUGUCAAUAAUGGCGACUUCUCCACUCACGCUGUUGCUGAGGCGAAAUAUAGGAAAACAUUUCGUUCGGAAAAAAGUGCGACCUUUACUAAGCAACUUCAGGGAAAGCAGCCAAGUAGGAGACCAUAGCUGCCCCUGUUACUUCUACUGUACCCAAGUGUUAUUCAGGAAUGAUGUAACUGUCAAGUACUCUGACGGCCUUCCAGUCCUCUCAGUGCCUUUACCGUCUCGUAGGGAGACCUGUGAAUUCACCCUCAAGCCCAUCACCCACACAGUGGGGGAUUUCCUGCGCUUCCUCCGAGAAGAGGAUGGAGGCAUUGACAGAGCCUCAAUAUACACACAAGAUGGCAGUCGAGUGGCGAGGUCUACCACUAUUGAUAUAUUGUUACGCUCGGACUUCAAGCUGCUCAUCAACGAGGAGCAGUUUACAGUCAGCCCACCAGAAACACGCCCCAUGGUGAGUGAGGAUGCUGUGAUGUUGUCGGAUGUGAAAGCAUUGAUAUCGACGCUGUUCUCCACCCUGAAUGUGGAGCAGUAUCAGCUGGAGCGUGAGAAGGAGCUACAGCAAAAACUGGAGGACCUCAAAGUGCAGCUGGCACCUCUAGAACGGGUUAAACAUGAACUGGCUAUGAAGUCGAAUGGCUACACGUCAAAGCUGACAUGGCUGGGUCUGGGGUUGAUGGGGCUUCAGUUCGGUAUCCUUGCCCGACUUACUUGGUGGGAAUAUUCCUGGGACAUCAUGGAGCCGGUGACCUACUUCGUCACAUACGGAACCACCAUGGCCAUGUAUGCUUACUUUGUCGUCACAAAACAGGACUACAAUUUUCCAGAAGUAAGAGAUCGCCAAUUCUUGUUGAAAUUCUACAAGCAAGCCAAGAAACAAAAUCUGGAUGUUCAGAAGUACAACGAACUGCGUGACGCUGUCUCGCAAGUUGAACACGACCUCCGUCGCCUUCGUGACCCCCUGCAGCUACACCUACCGAUCACAGAACUAGAGAAAAUCAAGUUCAAACAGGACUCAGCAUAAGCACGGGCACAGAUGUUGCUAUAGUAUAGUGCACUGCAGAGAGUAGUUGGAGUCAGGGAUGUCCAUACCAGGGAGGUGGGACAUAUCUGUCAUAUUCACCGGAAUAUUGGGGAAUAUAGAAACUGUUAUACCAUGAGAACAAAAGACGUUAUCUGAAAGGGUUUACUGACUCUGUCCCGGGGCCCAGUUCCAUGAAGUGAUCUUAGUGCUUUGUCUUACUUAACUUGUUGUUUAAGGAUGGGUUACCUCAGUAGUAAAGGAUGCUAGCUGCAAGGUGCCAUUGACAAGGUUGACUCAUCUGUAUCUAUGUGCAGCAUUUGGAAGUGUGUUGGCCUAAGACUGAUUUGUGGAACAGGUACCUGUGGCCCAGUCCUAUAAUGACUAGAGCUCAUUAUUCCCUCUGUUGGGAAAUGAAAGUUGUUUUGGAUGUUGAAAGAAGACUAGUUUGAGCAAUAAAAUUUAACAGUGGAUGGUACUCAUGGCAAUAGUUAUGGCACUAUGGUAGGUUUGAGAAACAGGCCCCUACUCCUCUAUAAGUGAACUCAUAAGAUUGGCCAUACAUGUAGUUGAGGGUGAAACUAGACA